AUGGCCGCACCUUUUCUGCUCGUUCUUCUGCUCGUCGUUUCUGGAGGCGCUGCAGCGGGCGGCGACGGCGAGGCAGGGCUGACCCGGCUCGCGCUCCGAGGCAUCGACGACCCGGGCCGUAGGCACGGGCCCUUCGCGCUGGAGGAGCCGGAGUUCAUGCCCGAGAUCUCCACGCACGACGACGAGGCGGGCGAAGCUCCCCGGCUUGAGUUCCGAGGCAUCGACGACUCAGGCCGUGGGCACGCGUCCGACGCGCCGGACGAGCCGGUGUUCAUGGCCCACCUCGACGACGAGCCGGGCGAAGCGCCCCGGCUCAAGUUCCGGGGCAUCGACGGCUCGGGCCGUGGGCACGCGUCCGACGCGCCGGAGGAGCGGGCGUUCACGGACGUCAUCUCCACGGGCGGCGGCUGCGGCCGCUUCGCCCGCCUCGUCGCCAAGACGGGGAACGCGAGCCAGCUCUUCUGGGAGCGCGUCGCGGGCGGUGGCGGUCUCACCGUAUUCUGCCCCGAAGACAAGGCCCUCUCCGAGUUCGAGCCCAAGUUCCGAGGCCUCGGCGCCGACGACCGGCUCGCCGUCCUGCUGUACCACGGCGCGGCAACCACCUACGGCAGGAAGCUGUUCCAGGCCUUCGACUGGGUGUCGUUGAGCUCGCUGGCCACCGACGCGGCCACCAACAAGAGCCACGCCAUCACGCUCCGCGACGACGGGGACACGGUGUGGUUGUGGCCGUCGUGCGGGAGCCGCGCUUGGGUCAGGGUGACAAAGACGGUGUCCGAAGAGGCCCCCCUCGCCGUGUACGUCGUCGACGCCGUGCUGCUGCCGAGCCACCUGCGACAGAAGCUGGAUGGCGGCGACGAGCCGGCUGCUACGUGCAAGCCGUCCGGCGGCUAUCUCGGCUGGCUGCACUCCUGCAUCCCGGCCUGGACAAUGGUACCCAUCGCCGUGGUGAGCAUCGUGGGCUUUCAUGUCGCGUUUCUUCUUCAGGAUGCACUGAACAGGAAGAACAAGAAGGCCAACUUAUUAGCUGGUUAA